GCUUGAAGAGUAACGCCCGGGGGAGGGGGCGGGCGCCGAACCCACGCAUCCCUAGCCCGGCCGUGGUCCCCUGCAGUCUCGGGGCCGUCCCCCCUCCCAGGGGCCGGCACCAACAUGCCCUUUGACUUCAGGAGAUUUGACAUCUACCGGAAGGUACCAAAAGACCUCACGCAGCCAACGUACACUGGGGCCAUCAUCUCUGUCUGCUGUUGCCUCUUUAUUCUGUUCCUCUUCCUCUCGGAGCUCACUGGAUUCAUAGCCACUGAAGUAGUGAACGAGCUAUAUGUUGACGAUCCAGAUAAAGACAGUGGAGGCAAAAUAGAUGUCAGUCUGAACAUCAGUUUGCCGAAUUUACACUGUGAAUUGGUUGGACUGGACAUCCAGGAUGAGAUGGGGAGACAUGAAGUCGGACAUAUUGACAACUCGAUGAAAAUCCCUCUGAACAAUGGUGAAGGCUGCCGGUUCGAGGGCCAGUUCAGCAUCAACAAGGUCCCUGGCAACUUUCAUGUAUCAACACACAGUGCCACUGCACAGCCCCAGAAUCCAGACAUGACUCAUGUCAUACACAAGCUGUCCUUUGGAGACACAUUGCAGGUUCAGAACAUUCAUGGAGCAUUCAACGCUCUAGGAGGAGCAGAUAAACUCACUUCUAACCCCCUUGCAUCCCAUGAUUACAUCUUGAAGAUCGUCCCCACAGUGUAUGAAGAUAAGAGUGGAAAGCAGCGGUACUCAUACCAAUACACGGUAGCCAACAAGGAAUAUGUUGCCUACAGUCACACGGGUCGCAUCAUCCCUGCCAUCUGGUUUCGUUAUGACCUGAGCCCCAUCACGGUGAAGUACACAGAGCGGCGACAGCCUCUGUACAGGUUCAUCACCACGAUCUGUGCCAUCAUUGGAGGCACUUUCACGGUGGCCGGAAUCCUGGACUCCUGCAUUUUCACAGCAUCUGAGGCCUGGAAGAAGAUUCAACUUGGAAAGAUGCAGUAACCCUGUGACUCCGACUCAUUUUGCCAGAGACAGCAAUGCAGGAUCCCAGACUCAUCACUCUAACAAAUAUAUUUCCUUUUUCCCUCUAUCCGAGUUGAUAUGCAGUUUUGUUGGUUGAAGUUACAGAGUGGAUAGUUGUUACACCAAGGUUUCUCUUCCCACACCAUACUCCCAUCUCGGGGGAAUUCCAGCUUACACAUUAUCUUCUUUUGUUUUCGAAAAGACAAUACCGAGUAUUUUUAGGAAGAAAGUCCACUGCCAAUGCCAAGAAUCAUGGUGCUCCCUACCCUGGGGGGUAGGGGGUAGGGGUAGAAACAAUUUCCUAAGAAGCAAUCAGGAAGGCUCAAGGGUUGUUGUGAUUUGGGUUCCAACAGCCUGCAGAGUUUCAUUGGGAAGUAACAAGAGAGUCUAGGAGUGACAGGUUCUCAUUAUCUUUCGCCCAGUUACCUGGCUCACUUCUCCUGGGCAUCAAUCUGAAGUAAGUGGAGAGUGAGGAAAGCCCUUUUGGAAAGAGAAAGCAUUUGGUUUCUUGCCCAGGGGUACCGUGUGGCUUUUGCUGUCAGACCUUUCCCUAUGCCCAUCCAUAACAUCACACUUUGGCAAUAUGCACUUGGCUGAACUAUAUUAAGGUACCAAUUGAACUUACAUUGUAUAGGGCUCAAGACCCCUGUUUCUCUCUCUCUCCCUUUUUAAAAGUGGGUUUCAGGCUGCCAAGAACCACAGUCCCCAAGAGAUUGAAGUCUGUUCACCACUGGUGCAGCAUAGCCAACAGCUGCAAAAAUAAGUUUUCCUCCCAUUUUCCCCGUCACUCUUAACCUCCCACCAACGUGCCUCAGUCCUAACCAAAGGACAACACCUCUUAGCUAAGGACACCUAGCCUCUGAACCCACCCCACCUUUCUAUUGGCACCUCAGCCCUUUGUAAUGACACAGUGGUGGUGAGUGGUUGGGCAUCUUAUAGGGUUUAGAUCUGGAAGAAGCCUUAGGGACCACCUACUUCAACCUCCCUCAUUUUACAGAGGAAGAAACUGAGGCCUGGAAAUGGGAAAUGCCAUGCCCAAGGGCAUACAGCUAAUAAACUGUAGGAAAGAGAAAACUCAUUUCCUCCUCCUUUAAAUCCAGUGUUCUUUCCACUACUUGAAAAUAUUCUCCUCUAUGUAGGCCCAGUGGCUUUGCACAGGCCCAGAGAGUAACCAGUAAGCAUCAUUCCCAAUGACAUGAAGAUUUUUCCCCACCGGUCCUAGUUCUGUGUGACAUCUCUGAGGCAACAAGCUCAUUGCUAAUAUGAAAGUAGAGUCAGAUAGCGAUUUUCCCUGGAGACAUCCUAGUUCAAGAUGUUUUUGUUUACUUUGUUCAGGUGUUAUUUUGGUUUGGUUUGUUUUCACCCUCCCCACCAAUGGCAAACAGAAAAGGGACUAUCCCAGCAUGGGUCAGCAGCUCCUCUCUGCCUCCCUUAUCAGACACUUGCUCUGUGGUUUCUUUCACCAGCCCCUCCAGCCAAUAAGAGUAGCUCAAGACAGACAGUCCUGCAGCUGGUGAGGUAGCAGCAGCUCUGAUUUCCUUCCACUUAGUUCAGAGCUGUCUCUGCUGCUGCUGCUGCUGCUGCUGCUGCUGCUGCUACUGCUUAUACUUCCUUUCAUCAGAAGAUUCUCCUUUUAGAUCAGAACAAGGAAGGACAAGCAAGCCAGGCCAGGGAGGGAUUCAGUGAAGGGAAUUUCAGAUAUUCUGUGUUGAUCCCAGAGAGAGCACCACCCUUCCAUUUUCCAUGCACACCAAGAAUUCUUCGCGUGCUUUGGUGAUUCAGGAUAAUGUCCAGUUGGAUUUAUUUUUUAACAAGACUUUGCCAUUUAUUAUUUUAAGCCCCUAGUGCCAAUUAGAAAAACUCCCCCCCUUUUUUUAAUUAUGAGCUCAUUAAUAUUGUAAGUGUAACUGGAUUUUGUCAUUUCUUGUAUCUGUCACUGUUUGGAUGGAUUUUAUAUAUAUAUUUUUUUCCAUUUACAAAAUUCAGAAAUGGAAAUGAUCCCUUGUGUAUGGGGGCAUGAGGGGAUUGUGGUGUGUGUGUGUGUGUGUUUGUGUGUGUGGGUGUGGGUGUGGGUGUGUGUGGCAUGCCUAUGUAUGCAAGUUUUACUUUUAUGGAAUUUUUCCACUGUGGAGGUGGAGGGGUGGGUGGGGGACUUCAUUUCUCCAAUGAAAGGAUACCAAUGAUCUGUUUUCUUAACAAAAUUCUUAAGGGGGGAAACUUUUUGUUUCUUCUGCCCAUUGGGUUUAAGCAGAUUAAAAAGCUGUGAUUUUCAGAA